UUCUCCCGUGAUUUUCGCAUUCUAAUAACUAGGCUAGAUAGACCGACUCGGCUGAAGCCCGCCCAAGGAAACAGUUAACUUUUAGCUAAUCUGUGUCCACCCCAUAUAUAACCCAGCCUAACCCAAAAAGACCUCGUUGCAUCUGUCUAUCUAUCUAUCUAUCUAUCUAUCUAUAUAUACACCGUAUCUCCAACUCCAAUUAGCUGUGUUGUGGGCAACCAAGAGAAAAGAAAAGAAAAAAAAAAAAAAGCAGGGCAGGGAGCAGAGUAGUAGCGCAGCGCGAGCGCCAGCACGAGCAAUGAUGGGGGACGAUCUCCUUCUCCGCCGGCGCGGGGGCGUCCUGUUCUUGGUCCUCUCGGCCGUGCUCGUGCUCCUGGGCGGCGGCGCGGACGCCGGCGUGACGAGCUCGUACCGGCGGAAGCUGGAGGCGACGGUGGAGAUGCCGCUGGACGCCGACGUCUUCCGCGUCCCUCCUGGCUACAAUGCGCCCCAGCAGGUGCACAUCACGCUGGGCGACCAGGAGGGCACGGCGAUGACGGUGUCGUGGGUGACGGCGAGCGAGCUGGGCAACAGCACCGUCAAGUUCGGGGAGAAGCCGGACCCGGAGAAGAUGGAGCGCCGCGCGGAGGGGACACACACGCGCUACGACUACUUCAACUACACCUCCGGGUUCAUCCACCACUGCACCCUCAAGCACCUCAAGCACAGCACCAAGUACUACUACGCCAUGGGGUUCGGCCACACCGUCAGGACCUUCUCCUUCACCACGCCGCCCAAGCCGGGACCUGAUGUCCCCUUCAAGUUCGGCCUCAUCGGCGACCUUGGCCAGACGUUCGACUCCAACAUCACGCUCUCCCACUACGACGACAACGGCGGCGACGCCGUCCUCUACGUCGGCGACCUCUCGUACGCGGACAACCACCCGCUGCACGACAACAACCGGUGGGACACGUGGGGCCGCUUCAUGGAGCGGAACGCGGCGUACCAGCCGUGGAUCUGGACGGCGGGGAACCACGAGCUGGACUUCGCGCCGGAGCUGGGGGAGACGACGCCCUUCAAGCCCUACACGCACCGGUACCCGACGCCGUACCUGUCCUCGGGGAGCACGGAGCCGUUCUGGUACUCGGUGAAGCUCGCCUCGGCGCACGUCGUGGUGCUCUCCUCCUACUCCGCCUACGGCAAGUACACGCCGCAGUGGACGUGGCUGCAGGCGGAGCUCCAGCGGGUCGACAGGACGACGACGCCGUGGCUCGUGGUGCUGAUGCACUCGCCGUGGUACAACAGCAACAACUACCACUACAUGGAAGGGGAGACGAUGCGGGUGCAGUUCGAGAAAUGGCUCGUGGACGCCAGGGCCGACGUCGUGCUCGCCGGGCACGUCCACUCGUACGAGCGCAGCCACCGCGUGUCCAACGUCGCCUACGACAUCGUCAACGGGGAGGCGACGCCGGUGAGGGACGCCGGCGCGCCCGUGUACGUGACCAUCGGCGACGGCGGCAACAUCGAGGGCGUCGCGGAUAACUUCACGCGGCCGCAGCCGAGCUACUCGGCGUUCAGGGAGGCGAGCUUCGGGCACGCGACGCUGGAGAUCAAGAACCGGACGCACGCCUACUACUCGUGGCACCGGAACCACGACGGCGCCAAGGUCGUCGCCGAUGGCGUCUGGCUCACUAACAGGUACUGGAUGCCUACCGCCGACGACGACACCAACUGAUCUGAGGAGUGAUGAUCGAUCAGCGUCCCAUUCGAUCCUGCAGGGCACAGAGUUAUGCAGUUUUCUUUCUCGAUCGAACAAAAACAUCAUCGAUGGCGAUAGAUCAUCAGCCUUGAUAAGAUAGGUGUGCUAGCUAGCCCCUGUUUGUUGGUUCUCCAAAAACUGUUGGUUCAGUGGAACCUGAAAAACAUGCAAAUGCUGCAAUGCAGUGAGUUUUAUUAGUGAUGAUAUGAUGAUCAAUAUAUAAGAAAGAAAUAUAUAUGCUUGCGGCUCUA